UGUUAGUGCUGCCGCGUGCUCCUGCUGUUGCUUAUCACUUCUUAAUACGGGCCUUUUUGGCAGAAAAAGACUCUGCUUCCUUCCAGAAGGGAGCCCAGUUGGCUCCUUCUCCGGAGACGAGGAAAGGUCGACAUUCAGCUGGAGUUUUUGGCAUCACAAAAGUAGUUUGUUGUUUUCUGCAAAACCUGCAGCGCCGAGGAGAGAGUGGGGGCAGUUAGGACAAAUGGUAAUUGUUAGAGCAGUGACUCAGGUGAGAUUUGUUAAGCUUUUGCAAGCUAGCAGCAUGCAGCCUUUUAAGGUAUAGCACACAGGAGAAACGUUUAACCUCAGCUGGUGCCGACAGCUGAAACAAUCAUCACUUCUCAGUCACGUCAGUGCCCUACAAAAACACCUUACCCGAAUGUUGUUUUAGAUGUGUGAGAGAAGGAGCAGGAUGCAAAUGCCAAGAGCUGUCCUGGAGGACUAGGAAUCUAACGCUGACAAUGAGUAAAUCGGAUCUGAAAAUGCUUGUGAAAAGACUUCAUUUAUGUUUCUGCGACAAGAGUUGCCUGUGAGAUUGGCAAACAUAAUGAAGGAAAUAAGUCUGCUUCCAGACAACCUCCUAAGAACACCUUCAGUUCAGCUGGUGCAGAGUUGGUAUGUCCAAAGUCUUCAGGAGAUCCUUGACUUUAAGGACAAAAGCUCAGAAGAUUCAGGGGCUAUUCACAGCUUUACAGAUACUGUGAUAAAAAUCCGCAAUCGACACAAUGAUGUAAUUCCUACAAUGGCUCAAGGAGUAAUAGAGUACAAGGAGAGCUUUGGCAUUGAUCCAGUGACCUCACAGAAUGUGCAGUAUUUUUUAGACCGUUUCUACAUGAGUCGCAUUUCAAUUAGAAUGCUCCUUAAUCAACACUCUUUACUGUUUGGUGGGAAAAUUAAUCCAGCUCAUCCGAAACACAUUGGAAGCAUUGAUCCUAGCUGCAAUGUUCUUGAAGUCAUUAGAGAUGGCUAUGAAAAUGCUAAGAGACUUUGUGAUUUAUAUUACAUGAGCUCUCCAGAACUCAUCCUUGAAGAGUUGAAUGCUAAAUCACCAGGACAGCCCAUGCAAGUGGUGUACGUGCCCUCACAUCUCUAUCACAUGGUUUUUGAACUUUUCAAGAAUGCAAUGAGAGCCACCAUGGAACAUAAUGCUGAUCGAUGCAUUUAUCCUCCAAUUCACGUACACAUCACAUUGGGAAAUGAGGAUUUAACUGUGAAGAUGAGUGAUCGCGGUGGAGGUGUUCCUAUGAGGAAAAUUGACAGACUAUUCAACUACAUGUAUUCAACAGCACCACGUCCACGUGUUGAGACAUCACGAGCUACACCUUUGGCUGGAUUUGGUUAUGGCUUACCCAUAUCACGUCUGUAUGCGCAGUACUUCCAAGGAGAUCUGAAACUGUAUUCCUUAGAAGGCUAUGGUACAGAUGCAGUUAUUUACAUAAAGGCCUUAUCAACAGAAUCAAUUGAACGACUCCCUGUAUAUAAUAAAGCAGCUUGGAAACAUUAUAAAGCAAACCACGAAGCAGAUGAUUGGUGUGUGCCAAGCAGUGAGCCAAAGGACAUGACCACUUUUCGCAGUAUAUAGCUUUUUUCUUCAACUUGUUUGUAAGUAGUAGGUAUGUCUGUAAAGGGAAU